AUGACUAUGUUUGUCAUCGGCUCUCUCUAUGCCGGAAACGCUGUGCACACCUCCACUGGCGCUGGUCGCUGGGUCGUUAUCGUUUUCAUAUACGUGUUUGCCGUGGUAUAUUCCAUGACCUGGGCAGUGAGCGUCAAGAUUUUUGCGGCGGAAGUGAAUCCGCAGAAAUGUCGUGCGGCAACGGCGACUCUUGCCCAUAGCUCGAACUGGUUGGCUAACUUUGUAGUGGCGCUUGUCACGCCUAUCUUACUCUCGAAGAGUAGUUAUGGUGCUUACUUCUUAUUUGGGGGCUGUUCACUUGUUACUGCGGGCGUUGCAGCCUUGUUCAUGCAUGAGACGAAGGGAAAAUCUCUAGAGGAGAUUGAAAAGACUUUCAAGCCCAAAUCGGCGAGGAAAUCUGCGAUUGAUGACAUUUCCACUACGAUAUUUUAUCAGCCAAAGUCGUCGGUCUGA